GUGAUUUUAUCUUUUGAAAACACUGGAGAAUACAUGGACAUGAAACAAGCUGAUACAACUCAGUAUGUGCCGAUGCUGGAAAGGAAGGAAGGCUCUAAAUACUCAGAUAUCCAGAGAUCUGUGUAUGAUCGCCCUGCUUCAUACAAGAAGAAAUCUAUGUCAGAAUCAGAAGUCAAAAACCUUCUUUCAGAUGACAGUUCAGAAGGCCUCAGCCUGCUGGAUUUGCUGAGCUUCACCUACCAAGUUGCACGGGGAAUGGAAUUCUUGGCCUCUAAAAAUUGUGUACAUCGUGACUUGGCAGCUCGUAAUGUCCUCCUGGCUCAAGGAAAAAUUGUGAAGAUCUGUGACUUUGGCCUGGCUAGAGACAUCAUGCAUGAUUCCAACUACGUCUCCAAGGGCAGUACUUUCCUUCCAGUAAAGUGGAUGGCACCUGAAAGCAUUUUUGACAAUCUGUACACAACAUUAAGUGAUGUCUGGUCUUACGGCAUUCUGCUCUGGGAAAUAUUUUCUCUUG